AUGCAGCCGAGUUCCUACCACCGGCAUGCCGCCCGGCCCUUUAAGCCGGACCCGACGACGGGCGGGAGGCACCGACCCCGGGACGGGCCUGCUCGCUGCCCGCCGGGGCUCGUGCUGGCAGUGCCGGGCGUUGCGGGAAACUUUGGCGGCGGGGAGGGCACCGUGUUCCGGCCGUCCCGGGGAAGCUCGUCCCUCCCGUCGGCUGUGCACGGGACGCAAAGUCCCGGUGGGGAGAGCGGAGGCUCCGCCGCAUCAACCCCUUCAGGCGGCGGCGGCGGCGGCAGCGCUCAGCCGGGAACAGGGAGGGCGGGAUGGGGCUACCCCCGCCUCCCAGCGCCGCAGCCGCCGCAGUCCGCAGCCAGCAGGGGAAGAGCUGCUCCUGGCACUCGCACGGCCCCGGCCCCCGGCGGUGAGAAGCGGCCCCCGGGCGUCCGGGAACCCGCCCCGAGGCAUCCGCGGGAGGCGCGGCGCCUCGGGCAGCGCGGAGGGGAGCGGCGCCGCCGCCGCACGUGCGCCCAGGCAGAGGCAGCGCCAAGCGCGGCCGGGCGAGCGUCCGGCCAAGGCGCGGCACCGGCACCGCCGCGGGGCUCGGGAGAAUCACCACAACUCAGAGUACCCCCCUGCUUCUCCCCUCCCCGCAACCCCCCCGCUGACAGCACCGACACCGACACCGACACGGGGGUCCGCCGCCGCGAGCCCCCUUCCUGCCCCGCCCCGGGACCGCCCCCCCGCGCCCCGCCCCGCCCCGCCCCGCCCCGGCGCUGGGGACGCGGCGGCGCUCACGUCGGCCCGGGAGCUGCGCCGCGCUGCACCGCUGGGCGGCGCUGUCCGAGCCCGCGCUGCGAUGAUCCGCGCCGGGCUGGGCUGGGCCGGGCCGGGCCGGGCCGGGCGGGGAGCGGGACCCGGUGGGUCUGCGGUCACAGGCAAGAGGCUGGGGUUCGCAGGGGAAGCCUGGAGUCCUCAGGGGAGGGUUCCGUGUUCUCAGUGAAGGGGCUGGGGUCCAUACGGGAGUGUCUCGAGUCCGCACGAAACGGGCUCGGUGUCCGCUUGGAGGGGUCCGAGCCUGCGAGCCCGCAGGGAGGGGACGAAGCGCCCCGUGCCCUUCUGACUGCUCUCGGGCAGGAACGGGCGGGUGUGCCAUCGGUCCCGGGGAAUGAAGGCCCUUCGUGCCGGGAGAGGAAAGGCUGUGGUUGCGGGGUCGCAAGCGGUGGUCAGCGAAUUGAGGGGGAGGCUCUGCUGACUCCGCUGCGGGGUGCAGGGGCGGGUGGUAAUAACACCAGCUCGGGACAGCGGGGAGCCACGGCGUGGCAUCCUCCGAGGGAUGGGUGCUGGGCAUGGCACAAGGCAGAUCCUGGUAACGAAGGAUCCAAGGCGAGGGGGCCGAUUGUGGUUGUAAGCUUGUCGAGAGCUUCAGUGUACUUUAAUGAGAUUUUGUUUUCAGUGAAAUUCGUAACAUAACAUAGCGAGCUGAAGAUUGGGCAUGUGUUACAAUGAGCUGUAUCUGAACCACACGUCCCCACCGCAUGGAAGCCCUGUUCAACAUCCCUUCCUGAGCAGGAGACAAGAGUUGAGAGGCAAUAAGUAAGAGCUCAAGUCUCUGCAGGACACACAGCUUUGCAAUGGUUUUUGUGUAUGUGCAUUUACUUCCUCUAUAAAAACUUUGUGAGAGAUUAAUCAAGACCCUGAAGAGUAAGAGUAUAAACUUUUUCUUGAGACAGCAAAAAGCCCCUCAUCAUCUCCUGCCAAAAAGUAAACUAUACUUCCACAGAAGAAACAGAUACACUUUUGGGCAAGACUGGUGGUGAAGGUGUAGAACUUUCUUGUUGCGUGAGGUUGGUUGUUGGAGACAGGGACAACACAAACUCUCAGAGAUCCAUGUGACAACAGCGAUGGUUUGUUAUGGAAGAUUCCUUAUAUAGGGGGUUUGAAACUCCAGGGUUUAAGCAGCUGAUUGCUUGGGAUCUCUCUCCACCCAGAUCUCUGGCCAGUGGUGCAUCAUCGUCUAGGCUUGAGCAGGGUUGGCUGAGGGUCCCCUGUAAAGGUUUGAAUCCAACCUAUCCAGGGACUUGUUUAUCUGUUUUCUGGAAUGAACCAGGCUAGCUGAAUUGGAUUUGUGUUACAGCUACAUUUACCUUGUCCAGCUACAGACCACCUGUAGCUGUGACAGUGCUGUGACACUUUCUCAGUUUCUGUACAGUAAUCUCUGAAGAAGUUGCCAAAAAUAAGAAAAUGCUUGAAUCUGGGGGAUAUAGUGCAGCUGUAGCUGUUUGGGUACUAUGGACUUUGUCAAAGUACUAUGGCCUAUAGCAACUCUCUAUUCCUUCAAAUUAUUUUAAUUCCUUUUUAAAGUGUUCUGAAAUGCUUCUGUUUGGAUAGGGGGCAGAAACAUCAUUACACUUCCCCCCAAAGUCAGCUCUGCUUCUUGCACCAGAGUGAGGCAUCUAUUAGAAGAAGAAAACCCCCACUCUGCAAUAACUACUAAUGUCAAUGUUUAAACACUCUUCUCUUAGCACGUACAUUAAGUCCUCACGGACAUAAAUUAAAUAUAUAAACCCAU